AUGGCUGACAUUAACAAUGAGGAGAAAAACCCAACGCCUCUUCGAAUUGUAGAUGAAGGUGUUCCAGCAGCAGAGACGACGGCGGCACAACAAGAGAAAGAACAGGAGCAAAACGGUUCUGAAGAGGAAGAGGAGGCCGGGCAGAAUUCAGGCCAAGAAGAGAAGUCCGGUGAGAGUUUAGAGGAGGAGAAGGAGGCUGCAGAGGAGGAGGUCGCCAAAGAGGAGGCGGCCACCGAAGAAAAGAUUUUCCAGAGUGUAAACUAUAGAGAGUACAGAUUGGAGGUUGUAAGCGAUACGGGGGUUGUCCGUCCCUUCCUCAUCGCUACUUGGGGUGAAGCACAACAACAUUAUGUCACAUCUUUCCGAGCAUUGGAGGAUCAAAGGGAUGAAGGGAUAGACCGCCUGACGCGGGACCUACAAAGGGUCACACAUGUGAGGGCAGUUGCAGGGCCACUGCUUGAGAAUGUGGUUGACGCCGAGGAGGAUGAAGGCGCAAUCGAUGGGAGGGAGGAGGAGGGGAGGGAGGAAGAAGUUCGUAUGCCUCAGCAAACCGACAAGCAGUUGGAGGCUGAGUUGGAGGCACUGUCUGUGUUGUUUCCAAGACUGUUACGCGAGAGCGGGACGUUUGAGCACCUCGGUGAUGAAGCAUUGACCGGAAAGUGGCUACUCAAGCGCGUUCUCGUCCCAACAAAUGAGUCAAGGGAGAGGAGACGCUGGCGGCACAAGAAUAGAGGGAAGAAUCGUCAAACGGUUUUGAAGACAAGGAGUCAGGUGAUAAUUCAGGCCAGGAGGAGGAUUCCAGCGACAAUUCAGGCCAGGAGGAGUCUUCUGAGGAUUCAAGCGAUGAGGAGGAGGCCGACGAGAACGAGCAGGCCGCCGAAGAAAGGGGACUCGUCGUCCCUUUCUCAGCUACUGGGGCUGAAGCGGAAAGGACUAUUUCAAAUCUUUCAAGCACUGGAGGAUGCAAGCGAUGAAGGGAUAGACCGCCUGAGCGGACCUAGAAGGGUCACCAUGUGA